AUGAAGCUGACUUUGCUGACCGUGUCCUGUGGUCUUGCUGCUGUACUCGCUGCACCCCUAGAGGGCAGAGCUGACUACGCAGUGCACAGCUCUCACUUUGUCCCUUCUGGCUGGACCAAGGCCGGCAAGGCCCAUGCUGAUCAAGUGCUCAAGCUUCGCAUCGGCCUCAAGCAAGGCAACUUCCAGGCACUCGAAGAAGAUCUUCUUGAAGUCAGCCAUCCGGACCACGAGCGCUACGGCAAGCACUUGUCUUCGGACGAGAUCCACUCCCAUGUCGCGCCUUCGGAAGCGGCACUCGAUGCAGUCCACCAAUGGCUCGGAGGGCACGACAUCUUUGCGGACCAGCUUGAGUAUAGUGCACCAAAGGACUGGGUGAUGGUCUCGCUCCCGAUCUCAAAGGUGGAGAAAUUGCUGGACACCGAGUACCACCAGUAUGAGCACAUCGACGGUACACAGGUUGUCCGUACCACGCAGUACAGCCUGCCCAGAUCCCUGCAAGGACAUGUCGAUAUCGUUGCACCAACAAACUACUUCGGCAACCCCAAGUUCUUUGGUUCAACAGUGCGAAUCGCCGAAGGGUCGAUUCCAAACACGGAGAUUGCUGCCAGUAGCUUGGCAUCUUCCGCGGCGCCACUUGGCUGCCUGUCCACUGCUGUUACACUCGCUUGCGUUCGAUCACUGUACCAGACUAUCGAUUACAAGCCCAAGAACUACGUUGGUAUCACGAACUACCUCAACCAAACACCAUCCGAUGUCGACUUCCGUGCCUAUAUGACCACGCAAAGGCCAGAUGCGAACCCAAACUACAUUUUCACACGCCAAAUCAUCGCUGGUGCCGCGAACGACCAGACUAUGCCAGGCAUUGAAGCUGACCUCGACGUUGAAGCGGUCGGCGGAAUCGCAUACCCCACCAGAUUCACCUCGUAUUCUACCGGAGGAUCGCCACCAUUUACUCCUGAUCUUGCUACGCCGACAGACACUAACGAGCCAUACCUUACCUGGCUAGACUACGUGCUCAAGCAGAAAGACGUCCCAUACGUUAUCUCGACCUCGUAUGGAGACGAUGAGCAAAGCGUACCACAAGAUUAUGCUACUCGUGUCUGCAAUGAGCUCGCUCAACUGGGUGCCAAGGGCGUCACUCUACUCUUCUCUUCCGGCGACUUUGGCGUUGGUGCAAGCGGCGACUGCGUUUCGAAUGAUGGAAAGAACACGCCUAGGUUCCUGCCAGCGUUUCCAGCAAGCUGUCCUUACGUGACUACUAUCGGCGGCACAAUGGACUUCUCCCCAGAGGUCGUGGCAAAAGACGGCGGCUACGUUCCCGGAGGUGGCUUCUCGAACUACUUCCCCCGACCGUCUUACCAGGACGCAGCAGUGUCAAGCUACCUCAGCAGCAUCGGCACCUUGAACCAACCCUAUUACAACGCCAGCGGACGCGCAUACCCCGACAUCGCCGCUCAGAGUGUCCGCUUCGUCAUCAAUAACAUGGCCGCACCAAACCUGGUCGACGGAACCAGUGUCGCUUCUCCGAUCUCUGCCGGAGUCCUCACUCUCGUCAACGACGCUCUCAUUGCAGCAGGAAAGCCCCCGCUCGGUUUCUUGAACCCAAUGCUUUACUCCAAAAAGGGUGCCGGCUUCACCGACAUCACCUCGGGUACUGUCACAGGUUGCAAUGCCACCACCCCUGGAUUCCCUGCUAGGAAAGGAUGGGAUGCGGCGAGUGGAUUCGGUACUCCAAACUUCAAGGCUAUUCGAGCUUCGCUUGGUGUUUGA